ACAUAGUUCAUCAUUUCAACGCUAGGUGAAUUGUGUAAGAUGUCUGCAUUUGCGAGAAAUUGUUAAUUGUUGUAAAAAGUUUGUAUUCUUUUAACUAUGAAUAUCUUGGCCAGAAGUGUAGCAAGGUUAGCUAAAACUUGCUUAAGGAGUUCUGUCGAAAGUAAUCAAUUGCAAGUAUCACGACUAUAUCCGAACCCUAUUCUUCAAGCUGGAAGCCUAUUAAAUGCUGCAAAGUCAUGCAUUGGAAACAUAUUCCAAGGCUUCGAGCAGGUAAGAUUCGGUUCAACAUUGCAGAGAAUGCACAAAAUCGGGGGGCCUUAUAAAACGAAGAAGAAAAAGAAAAAUCCUUUGGAUGGAAAGCCGUACGCGAAAGGCGUAGUGUUAAAAGUGAUCAUCAAGAAACCGAAGAAACCGAAUUCUGCGAAUCGAAAAUGCGUUAUCGUGCGACUGUCAACUGGAAAAGAACUGACUGCUUAUGUGCCUCACAUUGGACACAAUCUUCAAGAACACAACGUGGUGCUGUGUAGGGUGGGAAGACUACGAGAUACCCCGGGUGUUAAAAUACGAUGCAUUCGUGGGAAAUACGACUUACCUCACUCCGUGAAAAAUAGGUCUUAAUCGUAUAAUUCGUCAUGUAGAAUGAAACAGAAUCUUUUAUUAUAAAUAUAUACUGCGUAUAGAUUAAUCUAUGAAAAUAUCAUUUAUUCUAUUCGCAGUGAAAACGAUGUUGUCAAAAAUA